CCUUUGACGUACUCGACCCCCAACAUCCGCCAUAUUAGCAGAGUAGUGCGCUAAUUUUCGGAAUAAUCCAACAAAAAGUUCGAAAAAUGCAAUAAUGCAUUAUUAAACAAUCCUGAAAAGUGCUCAAUAAUGACAACUGCAUAAAAGUCCAUAAAAAAUUGAUUAAAAAAAAGUACAAGGGCCCGAGCAUCACCAUAGUAACCACAGCAUAACCUCAGUGGUGCAAAACAUCCCUGAAUUAUUGUGAAUUAAGUGUCAAAUCAAUUUUACCGUAAACAAUGUCGGGGAAAGGUAAACUGAACACUAAAAAAACGCCAAUAAAAGUUCGUGACAGUGCGAGCAAAGUGCAAACCCCAGUGCAGGGUUCGGACACGAGUGCAGAUUCUCCAGAGAUGGCAUCAGCCCUACAAGUGAUAAAAGUAUGUGACAAUAGCAAACUCUUACCGAGGUACACGAGUAUCCUACAACGGCCAGUGGACGAGGGUGUGGGAAUGGAGGACUUGGACAUCCUGCAGCUGGAGCUUGAAACACUCUUGUCAUCUGUAGUUGUGAGGAAUCGAAUGCUCCAGGAGGAGAUCUCCUGUCUUUCCUCGGCGGAGGAGCGAAGAGACAAGCGGUCAAAGAGUGGUAAAGGUCUGUCGCCCUUCGACAAGAAAAUCCGCGAAGAGAAGUCCAGGACGAAGGACCUCAAUGUCAAAACCCAGUCACCCUUGCCAGCAAAAUUGUUCAAGGCCAAAUCCACUGGAAGCUCUUCCAAUCAAAUAGUUCCUAAUCCCCACGAGAUCGUGAGAAUCGAGGGCUCAAAAACGGAUAUACCAAAGCUUCUGCUACCGAAAAAUGACACGACCAAUAAAUUCUGGGCGUCGGUGGAUCCCUACUGCUCUGACAUCAUGCCUGACGAUAUCAAACUGUUGGAGGAGCUGAUUGCUUCUCAUUCGGAUGCUGGGGACUUCAAGAAGAUUCCUCCGUUGGGGAGGCAUUACAGUUAUCUUUGGGCACACAACGAUCUCCUCCAAGAGGAGGACGCAGCAAACCCCAACAGGGAGAAGAAAAAGGGACGAUCUGACGUCUCAGGGCUCCUCUCGAAGGCUGAUAAAAAAGUCAAUGGCAUGGCUGGACCCCUCACCCAGAGACUAGUCUCGGCUCUGCUCGAGGAGAAUGUUUAUGUCGCUAAUAAUAAUAGCGAUAACAAGUUGUUCAGGGACGGAGAUCCUCCUGUCCUGCGAGAUCUCUCCAUUCAGAAUUCCAUGAAUCUGGAGCUGAGGAUGCACAAAGAGUUGGUCGAGCAGGGAAUCCUCGAGCCUGACGUCAAUAGGAAAAAUCAAGAGGACGAUGAAAUUCUUGCGGAGAUCAAGAGAUGCCAGCAGGACCUCAUGGCAUUAUCUAGUCAUAAUGUAGCCCAAUUGAAGAGACUUCUGAAUCUGGCUCAGGAGGAGAGCAAGAGACAGGCACUCAAACGUAAAAUCAGUGUUGCUGAUAAUGAGGUCGUGGAGCACUACAAGAAACUCAUAACUUCCAAGCAGAGGAAAACACCACUGACGAGGAAAGAGCAGGAAAAGGCCUGGGGUUGUUUGAGGGAGAGAGAGGGACUUCUUCAGCAGCUCAAUGGAUUACCGUCCAAUAGCAUCGGCGAACCUCUCAACCACGGGGUUAAUUUGACGUCGUAAUUCAUUCGUGAAUUUCAUUUUGCGUAAAGACUUUUAACGUGGAGAAAUAUUGAACGAUGGAUUUAUUCAUGAACUGACUGUAAAAAUUAUUAUCGUAAUAAAUUUAUGGAGUUAUCGACUGAUGGAGUCUUCACGAGUGUUUCUAUUUUUAUCUUUCAAUUGUUACAAUUUUCUUUGGAGUAUGGAAGAUUAUGAUAAAUUCAAUGAAUUAUUCCCACAAAAUAAUAUUAAUCUCACGACAUGAAUGUUUAUUCGAUAAUCACUGUACAGAUUCCUCGCAAAGAGUUACCGUAGAGAACAAUCGUGCGCACACGAGAGGUUUUUAACAAUGAUGAGUCGCUUCGAGUAACAGAGCAGCAAAAAAAAAGUUCAUUUCAAUGAUCUAAAAAAUCCUUCAAACAAUUGAUAAGACGUAUGAUGCGUGAGCUGGUGCAGAUUCAUCAGGA